CAUGAAACCCAUACCACAAAUACAUUUUUUGCUCAUACCACGUGUUUAUAGGGAAUCGCGAGUUGAUGAUCGCCUAAAGCCAAGAAUCCCUCCUGAACAUAGGAGAGAUCAGGAAAGGAGGGAUCAAAAUAAACACCAACAGAGAGAGUCUGCGUGGGUGUUCAUCCGACAGCCCUGCAGCACGGUGUCCCUGAGGAGGGAGGCUAAUGUGCGUGGCAUCACUGUGCUCCAGAUCAGGGUCAGUGGAGAAUGAGUCCGGCCGUGGAGGCUCAGACCAUGCAGGCCAAGCAGCAGCAAACGCAGCAUCAGCUACAACACUAUCUGGAGAAAGGAGUCCCGCUUGAGCCCUUCAUGCACCAGGUGGGGGGCCACUGCUGCGUGCUGCGUUUUGGAGAGCAGACCAUCUGCAAGCCCCUCAUCCCCCAAGAGCACCAGUUCUACAAGAGCCUACCCAGCGCCAUGAGGAAGUUCACCCCCCAGUACCGAGGUGUGGUAUCUGUGGGUUUUGAAGAGGAUGAGGAGGGCAACCUGUGUCUCAUAGCGUACCCCCUGCACAGUGACUCUGGGGUUGGGCACCUGGAGAAUAUAGAUCUGACGGUCAACAGCGAGCCAUACAGUAAGAUGCUGCACUGGGGCAACAAGCAGCUGUCUGCCCGGAGUCUGCUGGACUCGCACGAAGACAAGGACAUGAGUCAUAAGCAUGAGGAGGAGGAGGAGCUGGAGUGGCUGCAGCAAGAGGAGGUGCCUCUAGAAGGCAGCAACGCCAUCCAACACAACCCCUGGAGACUCCAACUCCAACAGAAACACCUGCAGAGGAUGAAGGAGAACGCCAAGCACCGCAACCAGUACAAAUUCAUCCUGCUGGAGAACCUGACGUGGCGACACACAGUUCCGUGUGUGCUGGACCUGAAAAUGGGAACGCGGCAGCACGGUGACAACGUGUCCGAGGAGAAGAAGGUCAUGCAAAUCCGCAAGUGCCAGCAAAGCACCUCAGCCUCCAUCGGAGUACGCCUCUGUGGCAUGCAGGUAUACCAGUCAGACUCGGGUCAGCUCAUGUUCAUGGAUAAAUACAUUGGGCGUAAACUGACCCUGUCGGGCUUUAAGGAAGCCUUGUUCCAGUUCUUCCAUGAUGGGCGGCGUCUGCGGCGUGAGCUGCUCUCCCCGGUGUUGCGGAGGCUCAGGGAGAUGCAAGCAGCCCUGGAGAGCUGUGAGUCCUACCGCUUCUAUUCCUCCUCCCUACUGAUCAUCUAUGACGGCGAGCCACCCUGCACACACGCACACAGGGCCCCCGAGGACGGUUUGUCUGAGGAGGAAGUGGAAGAGGAUGAAGAGGCAGGUGCGUUUGGGUUUACCCGCAGUAGUAGUGGUAGCACUGGUGGUGGGUGCCUGGCAGCCCGAUCUGAUACAGGCCCUGACCCGGCGGUGGACGUGAGGAUGAUUGACUUUGCACACACCACCUGCCCCGACUUUGUGGAGGACAGUGUGGUGCACGAGGGCCAGGACAGUGGCUACAUCUUUGGUCUGCAGAACCUCAUCGCCAUCAUCUCCAAGCUGGAGGACCACAGCACAGACUAAAACAGUCUCUCUUUUGGACUCAUGGAAGAAGCAUCACACUGGACUACAGAGGCUGGCCUUAGGGGCAUGCUGAACAUUGCUGUAGCCUGUUUUCCACAAGGUCCUUGUUUCUGUUCUUGGUGCUUCUUUUGGGUGUUUUUUGUUUGUGUCCCUGGGGGAUAAAAAGGGCCCUGAUAGUUCAUGUUUAAAGAGACACUUGCGAUCUUCAGUUAACUCAGUGAGUUGUCACCCUUAUCUGCUUACUGUUUUACAAACUUGAUUAUUUUCCCCAGUGAAAGGAAGUCCAUGACUCCAAGCACAGAUUCCAACGGUUCCUGCUGCCUUAUAUACACACAAACACAUGCACUGAUGUUGUGUGCUUACUGAUGGGGCAGAUUUGAGAAAGCAAAAGAGAGAAACUGCUGUACCUGUGUGAAAUUAAAGUUGCUAAGGGAAAACAUCUUCCAUUUUUCUACUAUACCAGUUUAUUUUGCCAUCCCGUUCCCUUUGGAUUCAAAGAAGAGACUGCGGUGUAUUCAGAUUGUGAUCUAAUAGCUUACAGAGGCCUUUUACAGGUAACUGCCCAAAUCAAGGAAGCACCAACAUAGUGUCUUUAUGGGCCACCACGAGCCAGAACAGUUUCAAUGCGCCUUGGCAUAGAUCUACUUUAUUGCGACACCAUUCUUCCACAAUAAAUUCCAUAAUUUGUUGUUUUAUUUAUGGUGGUGUAAAACGCUGUCUCGUGCUGCUCCGUAAUCUCCUAUAAGUGUUCAGUUGGGUUGAAAUCUGGUGACUGAGACACACCCACAAAAUAAAAAAUUAUACUAAAAUAAACACACCCUAUAAACCCCCUGUGCUCCUUUGCGACCCCUCUUUCAAAGUCACUGAGAUCUCUUCUAGCCAUAGUAGCCAAACUAGUGGGCAACUGGGCAUUUUCAUACAUGCUGAUGGGAUGUUAAUUGCUUAAUUAACUCAGGAAGCACAACUGUGUGGAAGCACCUGCUUUCAAUAUACUUCGUAUCCCUCAUUUACUCAAGUGUUUCCUUUAUUUAGUCAGGUACCUGUAGAUCUAUUUAUUUGACAUGUUUCUUAAACUAAAACAUGUAAAAACGAAAGUGAAUGGAGAUACAAAGACUACAUUCCAUGUUAUUAAUCUGAUUAUUAAUUAAUAUUGUUGUUUUAUGUUCAGAUAUCUCCUAUCUUGUAUCUGUCUUGUCCACAUUUUGUUGGAGAAAUAAAACAUUUUUGGUUGUGGCAAA